UAGACCCAGAUUUAGAAGACUAAGUGAUAUCCGAUAUCAAAAUAAACACAAAACAGCUGAUUAAUUACACUGAUUUGUUAAAUUUAGAUCUCUAGAAGUGUAGUCUAUUGUCUAGAUCUAGAUUAUCUAAAUACCUAUAAAUUAGAUUUAUUAGUAGUAUAAAUACUAGAUAUCUAACUAUACCUAUAGUCUAGCUAGUAUUAGUAUUGUAAGUAAUCUAUAGACUAAACUUACAGUACUUUGAGUGACUUUGAGUAAGUUACAGUCACUACUAACUUUAAACUUAGUAAUGUAACUAGUUUAACUAGGACUCUAGAAACUCUAGUAAGACUAGUACUAGUAGAUCUACUCUCUACUCAUCUAGUCCGGGCUCUAGUCUAGAUCUAGAUCAAAGUCUAAUUCCCCCCUCCCCCCCCCCAAAAAAAAUAUAUCUAGACUAGAUUCUAUAUCUAGAUACACAUACUGACAUACAGAGUUCAGAGUGUAACACUAAAAGUCUAGAUUUAAAGUUUUCUUGCACCACCUCCGUGCCUUGAAUAACAAUAACAGUAAGCUGAGUAAUGAGUAAGAGUUAAAAGGAUAGGCUACUUUUUAUGUUGUCAGAAUAUCAUGGAAGACAUAGAAGAUUUAAAAAUAAUCAUUAGCUCUCUCAGAGAUGUCUUUAUGGAAUAUUUACGUCCAGAUGUCCUUGACAUUCUUGCAAGUAAAAGUGAAAUGUUAAAUUUAAGUUUGAAAAGUCAAAUUGAAAAGUACCAAGAAGAAUCUAAAGAACAACAGAAAGGCCUUUCAAAGCUAUUGGAUGACAUUUUAGAAGAUGAUAAUUUCUUGCUAGAGUUUAUUCAGAUUUUACAUCAAGAUUCUUACAACUCAGGUGAAUCCCUCUUCAUCGCUUCACAGUUAGAAGAUGGGAAAGACGUCCAGAUAGGUAAAAGUAUCAGCCUUUUCCUCCUCUUGAUGAAUAAUGACUGUGUGUUACAACUAACCUGCCAGGAUAUUUACGACAUUAUACAGAAACUUAUAGCAUACAAUUUUAUUCGUAAACAUGACUACGAGCAAUUACAGUGUAAAAAAUAUAAACCACUUCAUCUAUUUUUGGAAAUGUUUCGAUCCAUUAAACAUUAUGAACCGAAGUGGUUCCCAACAUUCAUCUGUCUUCUUAAAGAAAAGAAACCAAAUGUAUUUGAUUUGAACUCCAAUGCAAAAGGUUGGAAAAAAACUGCAAGUUCUUCUGUGGACAUGCUUGAGGAUUUGAAAAACAUUACAGCAAUUCACAAAGACGUCAACAUACCAGACAAUGAUUCUGUUGUGUCAAGUCUGUCAAGCCUUUCCACAAGUUCAGAAAGUUGUUCCAUUUACUCAGAUAAAAGUGAAAGUAAUUUGACUGGAAUUCUUACACCAUCUUUUGUAUUACAAGAGAAAAAUCUCCUCUCUAAAGUUGCACAUCCAGACAUUUGGAAAGAUCUUGACAGUUUAGGCAUUCUGGACUUUUCACAAAUCAUCUGUGAUGAUUUCUCUGAAGGUUGUACAGAUAUGGAGAUGGAUUCAGGUUGCCCACUGUCCAAAACUGAAGAAAGAAGAGUUUUGGCUUUAAAAGAUUACCAAUUAGAGUUGACAAACCAUGCAGUCAAGGGAAAGAACACCAUUAUCUAUGCACCUACUGGGUCAGGAAAAACAAUUGUUGCAAUAUACAUUAUAUUAAAACAUCUAGAGAGAAGAAGAACUAAGAAACCAGUUGCAUUUUUCGCUACAACAAUUCCUCUGGUAAAACAACAGUACUCAAGGAUAACAUAUUAUUUACAGGAUAAAUAUAAGGUCCUACAGGUGACCAGUGAGAAUGACUACAGUAUGAGUCUAAAUAUGAUUUUGUCUGGCUAUGAUGUAGUGGUUAUGACUCCCAAAAUACUAGAGAACCAUUUCAGAAAAUCCUAUUUACAUAUCAGUGACUUUUCCGUGCUUGUGUUUGAUGAAUGUCAUCAUACUCAUAAGAAGGAACCUUAUCUCAACCUUAUGUCUUUCUAUUUGAAAGCUAAGAAACAAAGCAAUGCAGAGGAAUCAAAAGUCAGUUUACCACAGAUUAUUGGUCUCACUGCAUCCAUCAGUAUCGGAAAGGCAAAGAUUUUUGUGGAAGCUGUGAAAAACAUUCUAAAAGUCUGCGCAAAUCUUGAUGCUGAAAAAGUAUCAACAGUGGUGAAAUAUGAAGCACAGCUGAAAGCAGAUGUGAAUGAGCCUGAAGAGGAGCUACAUUUGUUGUCUGACACCAGUAACAUGGACAUAGUUAAAGAGCUCAAGAAACAGAUGUCAAAGCUUGAGGAAAGACUUGACUAUAACAGCAAAGACAUUGAAUGUCUUGAAACACUUGUUUGUAGCAGGCCAAAAGAUCAAUUAAGUCCACAGUAUGGGCAGUGGGCAAUGGAUGUCUUCACCAGAACCAGAUUAAUCAAACCUUCUGACCCACUGCACACUAAAUAUGUGACCAAUAUAAUGACCAUUGCUGAUUACCUACUAGCCUACAACAUUGCUGUUGAAAUGCUUAUUCUUGUCCAUAUCAAGGAUGUUUUACAGUUUUUAGCUAAUUAUUUGGGAAAAUAUAGAAAAAGUAAAGAUUCAGCCACUGAAGAAAUUAUUUACUAUGAGAGUUUUUUAAACAUCAAACAAUUACUGGAACAUAAAGAAGAUUCUGAAAGUCAAAAUCUUAACAUCUUGAAAGAAAAAUUAAUGGAGAAUCUUGUUUUGAAAGAUUCCACUUCGUGUGGCAUUGUUUUUGUUCGGACCAGAGCUAUGACAGAGUCACUAACAUCUUGGAUCAAUCAGUGUGGAGAUCUCAGCCCACUUCGAGCUAGAGCUUUUAUUGGGACAGCCUCCAUGUUAAAUCAUAGAGGUUUGAGUCAGUCGGAACAAGAAGAAAUCAUUCAACUAUUUGGUUCAGGGCAAGUUAGGCUGCUUGUUGCUACCAGUGUUUGUGAUGAAGGAUUAGAUAUACCUGCCUGUAGUCUAGUCAUUAUUUAUAACCAUGUUGGGAAUGAAGUCACAUCAUUGCAGAGAAAAGGAAGAGCUAGACAAAAAGGUGGCAAAUGUAUUCUGUUAGCAACAAAAGCAAGCUACAAUAAAGAGUUAGUCAACCAAAAGAAGCGGAAGUGGAUGUUGCAAGCAAUUAGAUAUAUUUCAAAAAUGACGCCUCAGAAAGUAACUGAAUCAAACACAAGCCAACAAGAUAAAAUUCUAAAAGAUACUGACAAAAUUUCUUUUGAUAUGGGUACUGGUAUAUCAAAGGAAAUUCCAUUUAAAAUGAUGUGCUCAUAUUGUAAAUCUCUAGUCAUUGAAAGUAAAAAUGUGAAAGUUUUUUUACAAUCACAUAGAGUCGCUGUGGAUAGUAAUAUCUUAAAGCAGGUUAAAGUUUUUCCAUUGCAAUCAGCAUUGAAUGGAAAAAACUCUCAAAGUAUUGGAGCUGUGUACUGCAAUAGUAGAAACUGCAUCAACAAACUGGGAACUAUGAUGGUUCUUGCAAGAGCUCCAUUUGUUGUUCUGAAAGCAGAGAAUCUGGUUUUUGAUUCUGAGGAACAUGUGCAACAAACUGACACUCGUAGAUUCUCACUGAAAUAUUGCCAUUUCAGACAAUGGAAUAAAGUUCCUUACAAACUGGAAGAUCUUGAAACUAAAGAUAUACUGAGCUAUUUGUCUCAGCUUUCACAAGCAAUUCACAAAGAUACAGCAGAGUGUUCUACAUAGUAGUUCAAGUUUAUUUAAUAGUCUAAUGGAGUGUCCAGUUGUACUUAUCUUACCAUCUAGAAUGAUGCACUUGAUGUUACUGUGUAAGAUAAGAUAUUAAAUCCUAACCUUAUGCUCAACUUAUACAUGAUAGUAUUUAGAACAUUUGUAUAAUCAGAUGACUGUUAACAGAUUUCAGUUUAGAAGUUUUACUUAGUUAUAGAACAGUGCUUUUUUUUUUCAUGUAGUAAAAGAUCUUUAGACCAACAUUAACAUUAUUAAAAUCAGUUUGUGUUAGUGAUAUAUUCAUUACUGAAACAGAUGACUUUCAAAUUGCAGUUUUAAGUAAAGGACACCUUUUUAUUUUGCUUUGCAUUAGAUUAGUAUAAAUUUAUUUUUGACAUAUUUGAUGUGGCAAAAAAAUUUGCGCCAAAAUGGUCUUACUUUGCCAAAAAGAGCUUAGAUAGAAAAGGAAAGCAACAUAAUGUAACAACUCUGCCCCUGCAGUGGUUCUUAUGAUGCGCACCAGUACACUAUUUGGAAUGGAACAUGAAUGGACUAAGUAUGGCUGUGUACUACAAAUGCAGAUUGUCUGAUUUGUUUUGUGUAUUCUAUUAAACCUGUGUCAUUGUUAUUUCAUCCUUUGUUCAGUUGCUGUCUUAGAUUUAAUACAAGAAAAGUGUUAAAGAAACUUGCACAAGUAAUAUACAGCUGUCUAAUUAUAACUUUAGAUAUUUGAGAUGGACAUGGUAAAACAUAAUGUUUGUGUUUGAACUGCAGAGUUGGCAGAGUAAUGGUGAUGCAGUCACUGGCUAGAGUUAUCUUGUGUUGUAAAUGUUAAAAAUUGUAUAAAAUGUAUUGAAACAUUAACACCAAUCUAGUUA